AUGAGUUAAUCCUAAUCCAUAGGUAGUCCAACUCUUCAAGCCCAUUUUAAGCCCUCUUUGUUUGCUCCAAAAACACGCUCCCCUUAGUCUUCAUAACUAAUCAAAAGUAAGAAAGUUCUCAAAUAUCCUAGUAGCAAAACAACCCAGUAGUAUCCGUAUAAAAACUCCUAUUAUCAAAACAGAGAGAGCAAGGACAUUAAAUUUAAGCGAAUCAGAAUCGAAGCCAGAAUAAAAACGAUGGGAUGCUGUCGGUAAGAUAGAAAAAUCGAUCAACAUACUCAAAAAAACAAAGGGUUAAGUUGAUUUCUCAUUUCAAAUUAAGGUUGAAGAAAUAAUAAAUGAUGUGAUGGCGAUCUGUGGCAUUGAUGAAAAGGUCUCAAAAUUGUUUCUGUAAAUCAAAGAGGAACGAGAAUAAAGAAAAUAAUCCCAAUUAAAGACCUUAAAAUUCAUUAAAGGCCAAUUGGACUAAAUAGAAUAAUUAGUAAGAAUAUAAAUAAUCUUAGAAAAGAAGAUGUUAGGAAUACUACUGA